AUUUUGACAUUCAAUACGAGAAAGCGAUACGUUAAACGUACUUAUUUGCCUCGAAAGCGAUUUACGAGUUUAGCACAAGUGAAAUAUACAACGAUGUCUCUUCUACCGUUCCUUCUCUACGACCACCCUCACAACCACCGUCACCACCUCGUCGAUCAGGACUUCGGGCUUGCUCUGACACCAGAAGACUUACUAACAGCUGCAGUAGGACCUCUUCUCUCACGGGACUAUUACAGGCCAUGGCGGCAAAUGGCCGCCGCAUCUAGAGACGUCGGCUCCACAAUCAAAUCCGACAAAGACAAAUUCCACGUAACAUUGGACGUUCAACACUUCGCGCCUGAAGAAAUCUCGGUAAAAACUGCAGAUGGAUACGUAAUCGUCGAAGGGAAGCACGAGGAAAAGAAAGACGAACACGGCUUCAUUUCCCGGCAGUUCACACGAAAGUACGCCCUCCCUGAAGGUUGUAACCCUGAGACUGUCGAGUCUAGGCUGUCCUCAGAUGGUGUUCUAAGUGUCAUUGCACCAAAAGUAGCUCCUGCUUCGAAGAACGAGAGGAAUGUACCAAUAGCACAAACUGGGCCUGUGCGAAAGGAGAUCAAGGAUCAGACUUCACAGGCUGAGCCAGAGGCGAAUGGAGAGAAUUAAGAAGUUACUUUAAUUAAUAAUUUCGAAAUCUCUUUAAGCCUAGUCGUCUACGUAAUCGAUCUCUGUGUAUACUCUAUUCAGUUGUCUUAACUUUUAAGUAUUGUAUAUUUUGCGUCGUAUUUAGGUAUUUCGUUUUGUUAAAUAAAAAGAAUCUAGAACAAAAA